UGUAAACAAAAAAUCCUCGCUGUUCGAUGUGCUGAUGAAGCGUGGCCGUGGGUGUGAAGGAAGGCCGUUAAAUCACGGUAAAAUAUACGCAAACGACGAUGACGAAUUUGUCUUCAUUACAAGUACUGACUGCGAUAUGUUCUUCUGCCAAAUCGUUUCUCGGACCAGAUCAAAGGAUAAAAUGCCUCCUUGAAAAUGAAGACGAGGAUAGUAGUCUUAUUUCCAGCUGUUCAGAGCUUCUGUGUAAGCUAGAUGUUGAGCAUCCAGUGGGUCGUGUAGCUGUUGAGGCUUGUUUAGCCCACCACAAAUCACACGGCACUGGAACCACCACCAUGAUAACACUGGCAGGCCUUUGGGCAACAGAGGUACAUGCACUCCUAGCACAGGGUGUUCCUGCACCAGCGAUUAUUCAACAUGGAGAUGAGUGUUUGGAGCAGUGCUUAUCAACCUUAGAGGCUAUUGCUACCCACAAUUCUGAGCUCAGUGGCAGCGAAACGUUCUUUGGUGCUGAUCCCCAUGCCAAUACUUCUUGCAAAAGGUCUGCCAGAACAGAUCAAUUAAAUACUGGGAAACCACACAGUUCCCAUCCAGUCAAACCUGAUCUCAGAAUCAACUCCUGCAGUGCACUUGGCAUAUCAACAGAGGCACUUGAUUCUUUUCCAACAUAUAUAUCAACUAAUCAUGAUGAUCCAGAUCAACAGUUUAUACAAGUUCAGUUUAGCAAGCAGCAAUAUGACUAUUCUGAAAACUUCAACUCUGGAGCAAAACUUGCUACAGCUGGACCUCCAGGAAAGUUGGAACUUGAUGUCAAAGCUGAUGAUGAUGUUUCUUGGUUCUUUGAAGGAACUUCCCAGUCUCGGGAAUAUUCUUUGGAAUAUCAUAAAGCCGACUGUGAAGACAUAAUCGAAGCACUGGACAGACAGUUUACUCGAGACAAACUCCAUUCCACUUUUUUAAGGAAGGCAUCAAGUCCUAGUUGUCAAAUUUCAGAGGAAGUAACAAGCAAAGGAAGUAAUAGUGGACAGGUGUGGGGUGAUAUUGGUAGUGAAUUUGAUCCUAGUUUUCCUGUGGAGGAACUAGAUGCCUGUUCCACAUUUCCUUUGGAAAAAGUCAGUGGAAAACCUGCUCAGCACGACAGUGAUGACGACUUUGACUUGUGCUUGCCUAUUGAAGAGGUUGCCUUUCAUCAUGGGUCUCCAGCAGAAACGUCCACUGGAAAACCACCUCAAGCUGACUCAGAUGAUGACUUUGACUCAUGUUUUGCUGCAGAAAAAAUGACUUCUAGUUGGAAGUGUUCAGGAGAAAAAUUUAAAAAUGGCAAACUACUAGACGAAAAGCUUGAUGUCAGUUUUCAAAAAUCUUCAGAAAUUCUACAGAUACCAGCAAGUAACCAAGAAAUCAAUUCAGGCUUGUCUUGUAAUGGUGCAGAUGUUAAGUCUCAGGCUCCUUCGACUCAAUCCAAAUGUCCCAGUGCAAUCUCAGAAGCAAUCCAAACCCUUGUGCAAUCAAAACAGCAAAAAAUGCUCUCAGAGCAACUGAGCAAUGUACAGAAUAUAAGCCGACAUUUCAGAAGUGUUGAAACUGUGAUAAAGCAGCAUAACGGUCAUGAACAAAGUUCAGAAAGAGGUGGCCAAAGUGAAUUGAAAUAUGACACAUUUCCUUCACAAUUAUCGGCCGAAGAUGCAACAAACUUUAACCAGGGAAGCAUAUUGCUUGCUACAAGUAAGAAAUGCGACUUGCCAGGCAGUGCUCUGGCUAAACCCCAUCAGGAGAAUGCACCUGAAAUACGCGAAACACUUGGAAAUCUUGUCGAGGUCAGAACCAAUGAGACGGCUGCAAUGAGACUACUCAGGGUCCAAACCAACAGCAGGCAUUUCAGAACAGUAGAAACUGCUUGUGCACAGGAUGUAUUGCAUGAAACAGAUCUGACCUCAGGUCAGGUGUUGAACCCACAGAUUGCAUCGACUGAACCUGAGGACAAUGAUGAGCCUGAGAAGAUCUCGAAAUUCAGAAGUGACUGUCUGGAAGCAAGACUUUCCCAUGUAGCCUCCAAGACUGAUAGGAAUACCCCAACAAGUACGCAAGAUGUGCACGAAGCUAGUGAACAGCUAGUACCAAAUAUUGUGCAGCUCGGACUAGGAUUAAGUCAUGGAUCUGAACUUGAAAUGAGAUUAGUCGUUCAGGCUCUUCGGGCACUCAGUGGCAAUCGGUCAGAGGAUGAUUCGACAAGGAUGCCAGACCUGAAGCGCAUUAAUGUGUGCACGAUUGCUGGGCCACCAGUCUCGGAUUCUCAUCUUCAAGACGGUCUGCUGCUACCUGUUGAUCAUCAUCAGAGACCCAUAAUUGCAAAAACUGAAGGAAGACAUCUGAAGGCGCUGCUUAUUAAUGGAGAUGCUAAGCCAUCCUUCAAGCAUGCUGGAUACAAGAAUAAAGUCAAGAUGACGACGGUCAACACAUGGACAGGAAGGCCGUCAACAGAUGAGAAGGAGUGGCUCUCGCAGAUAGUUCGACUGAUUCAAGAGCUUGAUGUUGAAUUGCUCAUCCUGAAAGGCCUUGCCGACGAGCACCUCGUUCAUCACUGCCUAUCCAAGAAGAUCCUUCUUCUUCAAGGUGUAUCUUACAAGACCCUCUUAGCUCUGGAGGAAGCAUGCAGUGCCCCUGUACUCACCUACCUCACUGAUGCUACACUAGACGACACAGCUUGUGGUAUCACCGUGGAAUGCUGGGAGUCAGGAUGGGUAGGGAGGACCAGGGUAAAGGAUCCCGACCUGAAGAGGAAGAUGUUUGUAAGGAUUUGUGUAGAUGGGAAGAUAUUACAGACUGUCGUCCUCUGCAACCCUGUUGGGAACCUUCUUCCUGCAUCCGAGGCUAGAUUCUGGGCCAGCACUCACAGACUUCAGGCGACAGUAGCAGACGGCUGUUUCCUGCCUGGAGCUGGAUUGCCUGAGCAGAUAGCCAUCAAACAACUCCUGCAGCUCAAUGCCAAUGACUCUGUUACCUCUGUUAGUAACCAUGACAACUUGUCUUGCUGGAAAAGCACCAUUGUGUCAGCAUUUGUUGAUGGAUUCGUUCACUACCUGAUACAAGUCUUGAAGAACAUGGGAAAGUUGGAGGACUUAUCUCUAGCCAAGGCUAUGAUAAUGAAUGCAGUAGAAAGGGACCAGUUAGAACCAGUUCUGUCUAGUUCAUUCCAGUCUGAGCUGCAACUAAAUCCAUGCAAAGUUGUUACCACUGGAAUCAGGUUGUUGGAAAGCAAAGCCGAACAAACUGACUGUAGCCAGUUGAGACCGGAUCAAACUGAUAAUGACCCCUUGUGCAAAAGUGACAGUUUUAAAGAUGGACAGAAGCAAGCAAAUGAGUCUCAUUUAAAAAUCAGUUCGAAUUUAAACUCAAGAACAGAUUCAGCAGCUCCAAAUGGAAAGGAGAACUACAGCUGUAGGCAAACAACUCCAGCGAGCUUUGCUGUGUAUGACGGUUUUAGUACAAAGAAAUCAGCUUGGGAAAGUGCGUGGGCAUUGCUGAAAACAGUCAUGCGAAUUGAUGCAAAUAUAGUCACAGGAGUCCAAGAACUAGACCAGUCUGCUUCAGCCAUCAAGUUGGGAAAGUCUGUGAUUCUGUGAGGAGAGUCAUUACUCUGCUGAAUUUAACCACAAUCAAAGUGGUCCAUUUGGGGGAGCCAGAGAAGUCUUUAAUGACUUAAAAUUGGCAUGAAAGUUUUUAUUAGCAUCGUAUAUAUUUAUAAUUUUGUUAAAUUGUGUUUCAAAGUAA